AUGGUGUGGGACACAACCGGGGCCGGCCCGAACUCGACCUUCUCGGGCAACGAGACGUAUCCGCCGCCGAACUCGACGUUUCCACCAUGGCCCAUUCCGCCAGAUGCCGGGAGGUCUCUCCAGCCAGAUAUCAUCGCCUGCUCUGUGAUCACGUUCCUGAUUUCUACGAUUUUUGUCGGCCUUCGGUUUUACACCAGGGGCUGGGUCAACCAUGUUCUCGGGGCUUCGGACUGGUGCAUCUUGCCGGCGCUGCUUUGCGCGGCCGGCGUGACAGCGAGCGCACUUGAGCGGACUGACGAGGAACCGCAGGCGGCCUGGUACGGCAUGCUAUUUUACAACCUCAGUCUCACGCUCAGCAGGAUAUCGAUCCUCCUACUUUACAAACGCAUCUUUACUUACUGCUGGAUCAAGCGAGCCAUCCAGGUUGUGUUGAUCCUCGUUAGCGCCAUUGGAAUCUGGUUCAUCGUCUCCGUCUGCACCGCCUGCAUGCCGCUAGAGGCCUUCUGGGAUUGGUCUCUGUUCUUCAAGGGGCCGGUAUACUGCCAGCCAGGCAACUUGUGGUGGGCAAAUGCCGGCCUCCAUAUCAGCAGUGACCUCGUCGUCAUGGCACUACCGAUGCCGGUUUUGUCGUCAUUAAAUCUCCCCUCAAGACAAAAGUACGCCAUCGUUGGUGUUUUCGCCCUCGGCUUUUUCUGCAGCCCGGUCGACAGCACCCCAAUCGACAGCAACAGCAACAGCGGCAACACCCUCCCGCCCCCUCACCCCUACUCAGAACCGUCCCCCGUCCACCGCCACCACAACCACCUCGACCACGACACGAUCGAAAAAUCCCACUACUACCACAGCUUCACCACCAUGAAGCCCAGCCGGCCCGACCUCACCCUCUCCGCCACAACACCGGUCCCCACCGAAUACGACCUCGACCACGACCUCGACCUCGAGGCCCAACGCACCUGCAGCCUCUCCUCCACAGCUGACUGCACCAACACCAACACCAACACCACCAAUAACAACCACAAUAACAACAACAUCAGCAGCGCGAACCACAGCCCCAGCGGCGGGAUACCCAACGAGACCGAAACCCGACCAUUACGCGCACCGCCACGCGCACAUCUCCGGCUGGAUAUACGCGUGGCGCGGACGGUGGCCAGCCAGCGAGAGAGCUGGUCGCGCAGUCCGGCGUCGUCGUUGAGUCCGAGUUCUGGAUCUGGGUCGGGGUCGGGGUUGGGGUCGGGGUUGGGGUCGGGUCUUUCUCCGCCGCCUCAGCCGGGAGCGGGAGCGGGAGCGGGGGCGGGGGCGGGUGGUGCUGUGUCGGGGGUGGGGUUGGGGUUGGGGGGAGGAGGAGUGGUGGAGGGGGGGAGAUGA